AUGAAUGGCGCAGUGCUGCGAAGGAGGAGAACCAAGAGCAGCGCGGCUCUUCCACCACCGGCUCAGGUGGGUGCAGGUUCAGGGGCAAAGCCGCGUGCAGCGGAGGGUGUGCCACCAGGACAGCCGCUUGAACAGAAUUUGCAGACCCCUGCAGGCAUGGAAGGCCCCACGCAGCCACUUAAGGACCAGGAGAGCCUGCCAGAUGAAACUCCAUUGGAGCAACUGCUAGAGAUGGAGACAGACUUACUGGAGGAGUCCGAAAGCGAGGAAGACGAGGCCAUUGACAUUUUUGUGCACCGGUCGAAGAAGACCUGGGUGAUCACCCCUCUGUCUGGACGCCUUGAGUUAAGGUCACCACGGUCAGAUGGUCUGCCUCCACCAGGCUGCACGGGCGUCAUUUGGCGGCUGGACGAGGGUGUCCUCAGAUCUGCCCAGGACUUUAGAGAGGAGGAGCGCGAGGAUAUGACCAGUUUCGAUCAAUGCUUGGGACGAUCUGUUUCGCGGAGGCUCCAGAAGGUGAGCUCGGGGAUGCGGCGCUUGCGUGGCGUCACCGAGAAGCUGGAGGAGAAGUUGGCACAGUUUCAAGAGGAGAAGCUCGAACUGGAAAGAAAGCAGCGGCGGGUGAACAAAAGCAUUGAGGAGUCGGCCAAAGAGCAUGCCGAACUCACAUCAAUGCGUGAGAAGAUUCUGGAGGAUCAGAACAAAUUGAAGGAAGAGAGAGCUCGCUUUGACGAAGAGGUUCGACAGACCACUGAUGAGUUGGCAAAAUCCAAGAGGGCGCUUUCUGCUGGUCAUUGUGCUGUCCUACCUCCUCAUGUCCUUUUCCUUGCAGCCCAGGACGAAUUUGUGAGGGCUUCACCCGACCUGAACGAAGUUGAUCAGGCAUCACUGCAGUCCAUGCGAGCGAAACCUGAGGCUGCCUUCUCAGCAGCCUGUUCGCUCUUCUUCACGGGCGGGAGCGCAGGAGCUGAUGCAUUGGUAGGGGCCUUGCUUGCCAGCCAGUCCUUGCUUGACGCACAGGCUCCUCGGAUCUUCCAAUCGCUGGAGCAGUUGCUGGGUCUCUCACAGGCCGUCGCGCGGGCGGCGAAUGUGGAUGGUCGAAUGCGGCUCUCCUUUGCAGCAUCUUCCUGCACAUUGUGGUGCAGCUGGCAACUGUCUGACUACUUGUCACGAAAGUGGGAGGAGGUGAAUGUCUCUGACACACCCGAGGAUUUGGAUGAGGAGAAAGAUUCCAGUCACCACCUGAGUGUACUGAACCGGCGCAUUAAGCUCCUUGCUCAAGCAGGCUCUUCCCUGAGACGAAGUGUCAAGACCUCCGCUGACUAUUGGGAUCACAGGCGACGCUUCAUUCGGUGCUUGGCGAAGCCAGGCUGGGACAGGGUGGAGGUGGUGCGAGCGAAGCGGACCUGCGCUUGCAGGGACUCCGAGGCUCCAGAGGCUCUGGAGGCACACUUCUCACAGGCCAGCAGUGGGGCCGCGACAGACCCAACGGCCUUGGAAUUCGAGUGGCUCAGUGGAGAUUGGAAGGUCCUGCUGCCUCUCUUGACGCCGCAUCUGCCCGAGGGUGGACGUAUCCUUCAUCCCGGCUGUGGCAUGUCACUUUUGCCGAUCUUUCUGCAAAGAGAGGUUCAUGGACAGAUUCUCAGCGUGGACAGCAGUGGGGAGCCGCAGAUCCAGCAGGUUUGGAUGCCCUGCUUUGCUGCAGUGAUCAAGAGGUCUCAGUUUUUUGAAAGAGCACAGCUCAGCAACAUGGCACAGAUCGCAGAGGCGCCUGAAAAAGCCUGGGAGCAGAUCGCAGAGGAUCUGAGGCGCAAGGGCGGUGUGAAGGACAGCGAUGAGUUUACGCCAGCGGCGUUGAUGCACGUGGGGUUCAUCCAAGAUGAACUGGUGCAGAAGGCACGGCUGGAACGUUUGGACCAGCUCCUCCACACUGCCUGCCCUGGUGCCCCAAGAGAGCAAGAGACAGCCGAGCCAACCGCGGAGGAGUUUGACGCCCUGCUUUGCGGAGGCGCCAAUGGCACCGGAGUCCUUCGUGGAAUGAUGCGGAAGCUGGGCCUGGACUGCCAACGGGAGAGCCGUGGCGUCCAUGGUUUGGUGCGGAGCAGGAUCAAAAAGCUGGAGCAUCGCAGAGAAGCGGCCUCUAUGCUGAUGGAUGAGAUGGAGAAAGAGGUCAUAGCUUUGGGCUACCAGAUGUCGGAACAGGUCUCGACGCUUACAAAGUUGAGCGGAGGUCAGAAUCAGCUCAUGGAUGAUGACAGCAGCUGCUUGGAGCACUUGAUUCCCACGAGCCCUUGUGGAGGAACAGCUAGUCGCACAGAGGUGACAGCGCUGCUUCCUCCUGGGCCUGAGCUUCGCUGCGAGCUACGGGAACAGCUCAAACAAGCACAAGAGGACCUCGAGGUGGCACGCGCGGAGCUUGCCGCUGCAAAGAAGGUGGGCGCCAGCGCUUGGGAGAGUGUAAAGCAGGUCUUGCAGGACUCUCAGCCAGAGGCCUCUCUGCUGGACGGCCGUCGAGCUUUGCUGGCCUUCGCGCGGGGCAAGACCCGGGGGACCAUGAUCGCUGAAAAGCUCCUGGCCUGGGAUCUCCGACGGAAGUCCACUCAGGCAGCUCUCUUCGCCUGGCAGACGGUGAUAUUCUCACGGCGCCAUGCGUAUCGCUUUAAGGCCUAUUUGGACGGACGGAGCCAGACAGAGUUGUUAGAGGCGGUCUUCCAAGCCUGGCGCCACACGGUGCUGCAGAUCUGGUCCACAGCCGCAGAGGGGCGAUUGCGACGGUUUGACCAGAUCCUUUUGAGAAUUUCUGCACGUCUCCUUGCAGGAGAUGGGCGCACCUUGCAACACUUGCUCUUUGCACAGUGGCGCCAGCUCGUGAGACCGAAAGCGAUCAAGGCCACAGAGCCUGAAGAGAUCCUGAAGCCGGCCCAGGCGCCAAAGAAAUGCUGCUGCUGUGUGAUGUGA